CAACCUUUGGAGUGUAAAGAUUAAAAAAUUUUUCGUCCCCACUCACACAGUAAUAUACUAACACAGUAAUACACUAACACAGUUAACCACCGGCUCAAGUUAGAAACACUAUUCUACAAGUCUAACAUGAUUAAAAAAAACUAACAAUAUGAAUACUCAACUAUAAAUCAAAUUAGACCUUUCAUUGAAAUAAGUGCGAACAUUUAUAGUGAAGUGAAAAAAAUUAAUUUUAAAAUUGUGACUUUUUUCUUGUUCUUCAAAAGUGUCAUAAUAAAUCACUUUUAUAGUCCCCAAUUUUAUUUUCAAAUUAAAGAAUUAAAAGUUUUAUUUCAAUUUCAAACUUCUAAAAAUAAAAUUUUUCACUUUUCCCAAUUUGUGAAUUUAUCGAUUAAUUUUUCCUAAUUUUUUUCAAGAAAAAUUAGAAGGACACAAAAAAUAACCAGAAAAAUUCGGACAACUGCUUAAAAUAUAAGCAAAUGGAAGAGGUGCACAUUGAUAUUCUCGAGAAAUAUAAAAAGGAUAUUAUCGACAAUGUUCAUGUAUCUGAUGAAAUAAUUAAACCACUUUUGAAUGAAUGCAUUCUUAAAACUGAAGAUGUUGAUGAUAUCAACAAAACAAAUAACAGCAACGAAAAAGUUUCUCAAUUACUAGAUAUUCUUCCACGGCGUGGACCAUUCGCUUUUCAAGUGUUUGUAGAUUCGUUGAACCACUCUUACAGUUGGUUAAGACUUGCAAUAAAAGAAGAUUUGGAAACUUCCAAUAUGCCACUUUACUACAACAAUCAAACUAUCGACCUUCCAUCAUGUCCGAAAUUCACUGUAAUCAGAAAGGAAUUGACAAUCCAACUAAAACAAUAUUUACACCUCAUGAGACCUGGUGAUUAUUUAGCUGUUAGUGGUUUAAAAGGAAUAGGCAAAUCAUGCCUAAUUUCAAAGACUCUAAAAGAUGAUAUAAAUUUAGUUGCAGAAUUAUUUAAAAACAACGUCUUCUGGAUUACCUUUAAUAACAAUAAUUCGGAGCAUCAAAAUAUUGAGAAUGAAAUUCUCAACCAAUUAAGUAAUUUAUAUGAGAAAUUUAAUGAACCCACUUUUCCAAGUCGUUUGGGGUCAGAGUCACAGAUAAAUUGUUGGAAACGCCACAUUAGAAAUUACUUUAAAAAAAAAGUGAAUAAAAGUAGUCUUUUAAUUUUAGAUAACGUUACCCAUGAGGCAAUUGUCGAUGCUUUCGAUUUUGGAAACAAAACUUUGAUAAUUACAGAUGAUUUUAGUGUAGUUAGUAAAAAGGAGCCACGACAUCUUGAGGUUACAAAUGGUUUCACUGAAACCGAGUCUUUAUCACUUUUCGCCAAAUCUCUAGAUAUUAUUAUGGAACAGCUUCCAAAAGAAGCUAAACAAAUUCACAAACAAUGUAAAGGAAUACCGCUACUAAUUGGAAUGAUGGUGCAACAAUUUCAAAAUUUUAAAAAGGAUAUGAUUCAAGAUCCAAAGUGGUGGCAGUAUUUUUUGAAAACUCUGCAAAAUGAUGACAUCUCCAGCCACAUUCAAACUGUAAGAAACACCUUCGAUUUGUGCAUAAAAAAAUUAAAACCAGAACAAAGGGAACUUUUUUACGACCUAGCUGUAUUUAAUGAUGACAUCAACAUAAUGCCACAGACUUUAGAAAUUCUAUGGGGAUUAGAACCAUUUGCCGUAGACAUAUUAAUGACAACUUUCUGUGAAAAAUCUUUGGCAAUAAGAAAAUAUAAUCCAGAAUUAAAUUCCUAUAUUUAUGGAGUUCACAGCAUGCUAUUGGAUCAUCUGCGAAUUAAAUUAGGCCCCGAAACACUGAGAGACAAACAUAAAGUCCUAAUUAAAAAAUAUCAAGACAAAUGCAAUGGAGAUUUCUCCCGAUUACCAGUCGACAAUUACAUCCAUUCCUACAUAGGUCAUCAUUUAGCAAACGCCGAACUAGAUGAUCUUUUCAAGGAUAUUUAUCUUGAUUUAAAAUUUAUUCAAAGUAAAUUAAUUCACAGUGGUAUAAACGAUAUUUUAAUUGAUAUCGAAAAAUAUAAGCAUUACAUCAUUGGAAAUUGUCCCGAAAAUUUAAUUAAAUUAAAUGAGAUAAAAAAAUUUGUUAAAAAAAAUAUUAAAAUACUAACAAAACAGAGAGAGAAAUGUUGCUUAGAUGUCAUUCAAUUAGCACUUCUACAAGAAGAAGGAUUUAUUUUUAAUCAAGCGCGACAAUUAGCAAUCGAACAAUCCGCAUAUCCCUAUUUUUCUCGUACCAUCAUCGCUGAAGAUGAAAUUAAUGUUGAGAACAUAUUUAUCGAAAGUUCAACUCACCCCGUUUCGGAGGAAAUCACAAACAUUUGCUACACUAACGAUCACAAUUCACUUCUUUGGUCAACUAAGAAUGGCGAUAUUGUCGAAAAGAAUUUCGCCUCUGGGAAAAUUUGCAAUUUUCACGGUCUACAAGGUGAAGAUAUAAGAAAAUUAGUAGUUUCCAAUAAUGAACAACAUUUCCUCGCCCUAACCAAAAAGGGCGAUGUAAAACUCUUCCUACUUGGAAAAAACGAUUCAAAUAGUGAAAGACUCAGAGAAAGACAAUCCCAGUAUGUUUUAUUGUUUGACAAUAAAAAGAAAGAUGACAGUUUGAAAACAUUUCGGAUUAAUAAUGAAGUAAUUACGGAUGUAAUUUUUACAAAUGAUGAUUUAAUUGCCGCUUGUACAGACCAGGGUACAGUGAUCAUAUGGAAUGAAAAUGAUUGUCUUUGUCGAGAUAAGAAAAAUAGUUCUUUAAAAAAAAUAAUUAGCUUAGAUGCACCGAUAAAUGAAUUAUUUCACACUUUUACUAAUGAUGGUUUCAUUAGAACAUACAAUUUUGAAAGCAAUCGUUUGGAUGAUAUUUCAGAGUAUGAUCCUCAAAUAACAAGUCCUGUUGUUUUCUGUCAAAGACUAACAACAGAGCCUAAUUCUUUAGUAGUUGUGACACAAAAUGAAGCUCUUCAUAUAAAAUGGGAACAAUCGGAUGGUGUACUCGCAAAUAUUCAUAAAGAAUGUCAGACUAUGAUUAACAAUCCUGAGGAGACUUUUGAAAGUGCUAUUAUAACGUACGACGAGCAGUACCUAAUUAUCGCAAAAUCUGACGGUUGCACCGAAAUAUGGAAUUUUCGCAAUGAAUUUAAACUUCUAACCUCUUGCAAUUUAAAAGUCUCUUGUUUAGACAGCUAUUGGAAGAAAGAUGAUAACUACCAUUUCCUAUGCGGAAAAGAGAAAUCACUAAUUUAUAAAUGGAAACUAAAUCCAAAAAUCGAGGAACUAAGACCUGUGAGUGAACCACUGUUUACCGCGUCUAUGAAAAGAAAAGGACAAUAUGAUACAGUAGCCAGGCGAACAAACGACAAUAAGUUGAGAAUAACCAAAGGAUGUCAAAAAAAAUGGACAAAAAUACAUGACAUAGAUCUAAUAGGAACCACAAGCACUUUCAUAUUCUCCAAAGAUAGCAGAAAAUUAAUUUACGAUAUUAUUGAAGACCAAAGACAAACCAUUUAUGUGUUCGAUCUUGAGACCAAAACUUCUAGAUACAUCAUGAAAUUGGAAAAAGUUGCAAAAUUAAUGUGGCUCGUCAAUAACUUUACAGUUUCCGAUAUUGUUCUAAUACUUGAGGAAAAUCAAGACUUAAAGAUUUGUGCCUACAGCAGCAAUGGUCAAAUAGGAACUCAAAUUAUAAAGAAAUUUGGAAAUUUAAUUGGUGUUCAUGAAAUCGACAAAAAUGAAAUUUUAACAGUAACAAAUGAUUGCGUCAUUACCUAUUGGAUGGCUGCUCCAUACAGUGGAGAAUUAAUAUCUGUCGAAAAGGAAGUUCCCAAACAUUUUAAAGUAAUCAGCAGUACUCUAAGUGUAGACAAAAAAUAUUUAGCAGUACUAAAUAAAAACAGGAAGAUAAUACAUCUGUAUCAGAUAAAAACCAUUGAAAUGAAAUCAAGACAAGUUUCCAUAAAGUUCUAUCACGAAAUUCCUCAAUUCAAUGAUAGCAUCACUUGUUUUGAAUUUUCAAAGAAUGAAAAGUAUUUGGCCAUUGGAUUCAAAAAUGGCAAUGUUACCAUUUACGACGUGGAGGAUAAAACCGAAAUUUACACAUAUUCCCUAUUAGGAAGUUGUGUGAAAAAUAUAGAAUGGAGUUUGGAUUCAGAAAAAUUAAUAUUGGCGAGUUCGGAAAAAAUUGCUGUAGUAAAAACUGCGGACAAAAUUCAACCGAAGAAGUUCAAUCGCAAGGGAAUGUGUAUUAUUCCUAAAGAGAAAAAUCUAGUUCAAAGUAAAAGAGAUCAAUCACUAUUAUUAAGAAUAAUUCCGUUACCGACAAACAAUGCCAAAGUAUUUGUGUCAGAGGAUUUUGAGAAAAUUUUAACAGUAGAUAAUAAUGGGCAUGUGAAUAUUUUUUCACAACUAAUGAUCUCAGAUUUACAAAGUACUUCUAACAUUCUACAAGAGAAUUGUGCGGUAGUUUGAAUUAAGAUUAUUAUUUAUUGAUGCGAGAAUCUACUCUGUCUUACAUGGUCCACAAUUGUCAAAUCUGCUCUAGACUUUAAAAACCCCUGAAACAAUAAUUUUGCAAGUAAAUUUAAUUGAUUUCUUGAUUAGGUUCUGAAAGUUCAAAUAAACGAAAUUUUUUGCUAAUAUGAAUAUUUUCAAGAACCUUCUGCAAUAAGAAGUAAAAACAAAAUUCAAUAAUAUUAGAAACUUUAUUAUUUGUGUCAUGUAUAAAUUUUUGAUAUGGAACGUAAUAUUUUUGUAAUAAAAUUUGAAGAAGAAAUAAAUAAAUUCGGAUCAUUUGAACUAUCAGAACUUUAGGGAUACUUGACUUUCCAAAAAUCUAUUAAUAUUCGAAAGUAAAAGAACAGGUCGACGCUCAAUGUCAAAAAUAAUCUUUUGGGAUUUUCAGUGAUUAAAAUGGCACUAAUUUUAUCAUUUUCAUUUACCUGCAAUUCUGAAAAUUUUCAUUUGACGGUUUUAACUAUGAAACUGAAGUUACCAACGUUGAUACA